AUGUUACUCAAUUUCCUUUCCACCUUAAUCCACCGAUAUUUUAGUACACCUGGUGGCACUUGUAUUGUUGCAUUUGGUGGAUUGAAUAUCAUUUCUUUGCCAAUGUUUAAUGAUGCCACAUGGUUUAACACCUUAUCAGAUAUUAAUAAAAAGCUAGACGAGCAGGAGGCAAAAUAUGACAAUGUGCGAGCUUUCUUACAAAAUAUCAAAAGUAAUCAUGGCUAA